UUGCUCUUCUUGGGUGUAUAGCAGGAAUCAAUAAAUACAUCUCCGACUGAAAUUUAAUGGCUACAGGUGCAUAUUCUAUAGGUGUGUGCAACGGUUUGUUAGGUGACCCUUUACCAUCACCACAGGAAGUUGUGGCCCUGUAUAAAGCCAAUGAUAUAAACAAGAUGAGACUUUAUGCGCCUCAUCAACCCACUUUUCAGGCUCUCAAAGGCUCCAAUAUUGAAGUAAUGCUUGGCGUCCCAAACGAAGACCUUCAACGCAUAGCAGGCAACGACUUAACCCCGGCAUAUGACUUCGUCUAUGGCAAUAUAGUCGACAACAGAGCUACUAUCAACUUCAAGUAUAUUGCUGUUGGUAAUGAAGUCGACCUCCAAUAUUUCCAAUAUGUCCUCCCUGCCAUGAGAAACAUUCAGAGGGCAGUUGAAGCAGCUGGGUUGCAAAACCAAGUGAAGGUGACAACUGCUACUUACUCUGCAGUCCUGGAUAAAACCUAUCCUCCUUCCAAUUCCGUCUUCAGAGCUGAGUAUCUGCAAUACAUGUGGCCUAUCAUCGGCUUCUUAGCAGAAAAAGGGUCACCACUCUGCGCUAAUAUCUAUCCUUAUUUCGCUUAUAUCGGAAACCCCAGCUCUAUUAGGCUUGAUUAUGCCUUGUUUACUGCACCAGGGACUGUGGUAACUGAUGGCCGGUUCAGAUACCAGAACCUUUUUGAUGCCAUGUUGGAUUCUUUCUAUGCUGCUGUUGAGAAGGCAGGCGGACCCUCUGUGAAGAUUGUCGUAUCUGAAAGUGGUUGGCCAAAUGCUGGUGAAUCUGCAGCAACCACGGCCAAUGCACAGACUUAUUUGAACGGCCUGAUCCGGCAUGUGAAAGGAGGUACGCCCAGAAGGCCAAAUGGUCCUAUUGAGGCUUACAUAUUUGCCAUGUUCGAUGAGAAUAAAAAGCCUCUUCCAGAGACAGAGAGACACUUUGGGCUGUUCUUCCCAAAUAAACAACCCAAGUAUCUAUUUUAAUGUAUUUUCAUAUUAAAUAAAGGUUAGAAACCUAUGAAUCACGAGUCGAAUAAGGAAAAAUUACUCUAACCAGUGGCUUCUUUGUAUGUGAAGUUUACAAUAA